GGAGUAUCUUAGGAGGGACCAUGCUGAAAAAGAGGAAAUGUUUCACAGCAACAGAGAAUCCAGCAGUCGUAGGAAACGAGAAAGGGACGAGAUUUUAGACCAGCGGAAGAAAGAUGGGCAGCAAAGAAUCAGAGAGAACUUUGAGGAACUUCACUCUGUUAGACAUAAAGAUGAGGUCUGGUUGCAGAGCGAGAGGGGUGAGAGGCAGCGGGAGAGGGAAGAUUGGCCUAGGCUAAAACAAUCUCAUGAAGAUAAUUUAUCAAAUCGGGAGAGAGAGGGAGGGCGGAAUACCAUGAAAAGUGGGCGUGGUUCAGAAGACAAAGCAUGGGUUGGCCAUGUUAGGAGCAAGGAUGAUUAUAAAGGUUCUGAUAGAGAAUACCAACUGAAAGAAACAGUACGCCAUGGUGAACAAGGGAAAAGAAGGGAUCGAGUUGAGGAUGAAAGUUUCUCACGUCAUCGAGGGCGUGAGGAUGUUUAUGCACGCGGUAACCAAUUAGGUAAUGAUGAGAGAAAAGCCAGGCAGGAUAAAUCAAGUACUCAGAAUGAUCGUGCCCUUGAUGCUUCAGAUAACCAAAGGGCACAUGAGAAGAAACGUAAGGAAGGGAUGAGGAAGAAUAGAGAAUAUGAAGGUGGAGAUCCAAAUACUUUGAACGCUUCGAAGAGAAAUCGAGAAGACAUUGGUGGUAACAUCAAUGAGAUGGGCUUAAAAAGCACCAAUGACAAAAAUGAGACUGCAGUACAUCGUAACUCUUCUAGGAAGCACAGGGAAGAUGCUUCUUCAGAUGAUGAACAAGAGUCAAGGAGGGGGCGCUCCAAAUUGGAGCGUUGGACUAGCCAUAAGGAGAGGGAUUACAGUAUUAACAGCAAGUCAUCAGCUUCUUUGAAGUUUAAGGAGAUUGACAAGAACAACAAUGUAGGAUCUUCAGAACCCAUCAUGAUUCCUGAUGAAGCUGCCAAGUCAGUUGAGCCUACUGAUAACCAACAUCCCACGGCUCUAGACGAAAGUGCUGGUGAUCCAGAGAUAAAGGAUGCUGAUACAAAACCUUUGGAGGAUCGUCACCUUGACACUGUUGAGAAGCUUAAGAAGCGAAGUGAGCGGUUCAAGCUUCCAAUGCCAAUUGAAAAAGAUCCAUUAGCAAUAAAGAAAAUGGAGGGUGAAGCACUGCCUUCGGCCAAAAGUGAAACUCCUGCAGAUUCAGAGAUCAAGCCAGAGAGGCCAGCCCGGAAAAGGAGGUGGAUCAGCAGCUAAUUUGGAAAACUAAUAGCAAACAUUAUGUUCUGCAUCCAUUUUGAAUCCAGAGGCAGUUGGCCUGCAUGUCCUUCAAUAAUUUUGAUCCCAGAGGUCUUGUCAUAAUGGCCCUUUGUACCACAUUAUAUAACCUUGUAACAAGGCUGCUUCCAGGUGCCUUUUUUAAAGUUAUUAUGUAUAUACUCUGGAGUAUGUAACAUGAACUGGUCACAAAAAGUGGCACAGGUUUCAUUUAGUGCAAAUUUGUAGUGCAAUACUCAGAUUGUCUUAAUCUGGGUGCCACAACCCCCAUGUAAGGGCUAACAGGGGACCAGCCCGCACAGAAGCCAGUGCUGUCGGAGGUGAGGUUCUUCGUUGCUUUGGCAUCUGGACAUAUUUUGGUAACUGCACAGUUGAGCCGAUGAGAUAAUUAGCUAUGACUGGCGAAAAGCUUGGGAAAGGUGAAGAUCUGGAUGGAUGAUUCUGUCUGUAUACUAUAGCAUAACUAGAAAUUAAAUUUACCUUUAAUUCCUUUUCCUCCAUAUCUUUUGAAGCUUUUCUCACUGACUGGGGUGGAAAGCCUGAAACAUGUUUAUGUUCUAUACUAGAGGAGCUAAGUGGAGAUUAAUAAAACGGGUAUUGAAGA